GGUCCCUCCCUCCGAGAGAGAGAGAGAGAGAGCAGGAAGGAAGGAAGGAAGGAGGGCCUCCGUCGCCCUCGAGGCCGGCGGCUCAGUCGGAUGCCUGGCUGCCUCAGGAGCCUCAACGGUGGGCGAGGCGCGCGAAGAAGGGAGCCUAAGUGGGAUUACUCAUGAAAAUUGCGUGCAAGCUGGGGGCAAACAAAUGCUGGGCUCCAAAGAGUAAGGCGUUCUAGAUGUUGAGCAAAUAGGUCUGUGCAAUUUGAGGUCACUGUUUCCUUUCUCCUUUGUUGCUGGCAUCUUUAAGCCCAGCUGCACCAUGGAUAGAUGAUCUUGGCCCUGCCCCGCCAUGCUGCAGGUGCGUGGCCGCUACCUGCUGCUCUUCCUGGGAGUGCAGCUGGUGGUGAUGGCCCUGUUGUAUCGUGAGGGCUAUCGGAAACGUGUUGCCUAUUUCCUAGGCAUUUUCUACAAGGGGGGCACAUUGACAAUGUUGGCCAGCUUACACAAUGCCUCGCUCCCAGGGGAUGUCUACGCCAACCUCAGCUUGAUUGCUCGCCCCCCUCUGCCCCCGGAUGACCUUCCUUACUGUCCAGAGGUGUCUCCUUUCCUUGGAGGCCCCAUUCGGGUGACCUUUCCCGCAGGCUUGUCACUGGAAGAUAUUGGGCGGAAGAAUCCUUACGUGAGCAGAGGGGGUCGCUACCGUCCCCCAGACUGUGAUGCCAUCCACAAAACAGCUGUCAUCAUUCCCCAUCGGAAUCGGGAGCAGCACCUGAAAUAUCUGCUCUACUACCUGCACCCCUUUUUACAACGGCAGCAGCUUAGCUAUGGUAUCUACAUAAUCCAUCAGGCUGAGAACUACACUUUUAAUCGAGCCAAACUCUUGAAUGUGGGCUUUAAGGAGGCUAUGAAGGAUGAAGAUUGGGACUGUAUGUUUUUCCACGAUGUGGACCUUAUCCCUGAGGAUGAUCGCAAUGUGUAUACCUGUGACCGCUUUCCUAAGCAUGUUGCUGUUGCUAUGGACAAAUUCGGCUACAAGCUUCCCUACAAGACCUACUUUGGAGGUGUUUCAGCACUCAGUCCAGAGCAGUAUAUGAAGAUGAAUGGCUUUCCAAACAACUACUGGGGCUGGGGCGGUGAAGAUGAUGACAUUGCAGUCCGGGUAGCACUGAGUGGGAUGGUGAUCUCUCGCCCAUCUAUUCAGUAUGGCCGUUACCGUAUGAUUAAACAUGGGCAUGACAAGGGCAAUGAGCAGAACCCCAAGAGAUUUAACUUGCUGGCCAAGACAAGGAGAACGUGGAAGCAGGAUGGCAUGAACACAUUGGAAUACCAGCUGCUUUCCAAGGAACUGCACCCUCUCUACACAAAUAUCACUGUCUUCAUUGGCACCGAGAAAGGAAUGAAACAUGCCACGUGAUGUGCUUGCUUCCAAGUGGCAUGGGGACAGGAGCUUCGCUCUGACACUGCUCCUGGACUCAGAAAACCAAAGAAUCUGGAGGGAUGUACAGCCCUGAGCACUAUGGCUGUGCCAUGUGAUGACUGCAGUGGCCAGCAGGGUGCCAGGGUAACUGUUCCAGGGACUCUGUAGAGACGUCACACAAGACGUUUCCAGUUGCUCCCAGCAUUUUUAUCUUGGGAGGUCUGACUUUUCAGACUUUGCUCGUGAGAUGCCUUGGUUGAAGGAGCAGCACAGUAGAAGCAGGACUGUUCUUUGUAGUCCGAAUCUCCAGUUGCUGGACCAUGGUUUGUUUUUUCUUAUUAAAGUGCAAUUUAUUUUAAAA